GUUUUGACGCAGUUCACACCCGAGCUUCAAGUAUCGAGCCUAUAAGUCACUUUGUCCCACCCGCGCUUUUCCUUUCUGACAUUACACACAUCUUUUGAAAGCGACACCAAAGAAUCUUGAACCGCGCCCCGGAACUGCACGCGUUGGCAUGCGAGCGCACUCUGGAUCUCACACUGUCCUAGUGGAAGAUUUCUGCGCAUUUGACUAACACGGCACCUGGAAUCAAUGCUAGAGUAUUCUUCAUAGACCCCGGAGGUUGGCUGUUGCGCAGACUUCAACGUUCGAGAUAUCAGAUCACAACAGCACCGCAGUUAGCCUUUGUGAUGGCAUUCGGAGGCAGUCUCAGCAAUAUACUGAAAGGUCUCAGCGUCGGCGACGAUGAUAGCGAUGUUGAGGAUUGCCUGGUGAUUGGUAUUGAUUUUGGAACAACGUUCUCCGGAGUGGCUUGGUCAACGAGAGCCGACUUGGAGAGUAGCCAUAUCAACUUUAUUACCUCCUGGCCAGACAAUGCCCGCGAGGAGGGCAAAGUCCCAACUGAGCUCUGGUACAAUGAUGCCGGCGAGCCAGCCUGGGGCUAUUCCAUUCCUGCCGAUGGUGACCCAUUUCGAUGGUUCAAGCUUCUCCUGCUCCAUAUCGAAGACCUUGACCCGGAGCUCCGCGAAUUCAGCUUUCUGGCCAAGGCUCGGAAUAUGCUGAAGGAGUCUGAGAAGACGGCGGUAGACCUGGUGUCUGAUUAUUUGCGCUUGCUCUGGGAACACAUCAUGUCGACGAUCGAGAAGGCACGCGGGGAGUCUGUGAUCGAAGCCCUUGCCUUUCAUGUCAUAAUCACUGUUCCAGCAAUAUGGAAGGGCUAUGCAAGACAGGCUAUGGAAGACGCCGCCAAGAAAUCUGGUAUCCUCAACUUCCGUUUGGCAGGGACCACAAAAUUGACAUUUGCGCCUGAGCCAGAGGCUGCUGCACUUUCAACACUCCUUGAGCAAGGCAAUAGCGUCCGGCCAGGUAAUGUCUACGUGAUCUGCGAUGCAGGUGGUGGGACAGUGGAUCUCAUCAGUUACGAAGUGAAGGACACGAAACCCAUCAUAUUACAAGAAGCCGUGGUUGGAACAGGCGGGCUUUGCGGCGGGAUCUUCAUCGACCAGACGUUCGAGCAUAUGUGCAGUGGUCGGCUUGGGUCUAAAUGGAAACGCCUGAGCAAAGAGGGAAUCAGGGAUGUCAUGAGAACCGAAUGGGAAUACGGCAUCAAACCACAGUUCAAGUCUCCCAAGUCAGCGAAGCAAUAUAUCGUCUCGCUGCCCGCCGAGGCAUUCAGGGGUCAAGGUACUGCGAGCUUUGACGAUACCAAGCGAAAACCGCAUAUAAAGAACGGGCGAAUCUAUUUCGAUGGUUGCGAUAUCGAAAAGGCGUUUGAGGGCGUCUUUGCCGAUAUCUCGAAGCUUGUCGAGGGACAGAUCCGAAAGUCCGCGGAAAGGGGCCUGUCUGUAACCGGCAUCAUUCUUGUUGGGGGACUAGGAGGGAGUCCAUACUUAUACGAGUAUCUUAAGAACAUUUAUUCCAAGUCAGAAAUUGCAGUGCUUCAGUCCGGUGGAAUCAAGCCGCGUACGGCAAUCUGUCGAGGUGCCGUUAUCAAGGGGUUCCUUGAGGCACAAAACGAUCAGCAAGAUGGAGGAUUUAGGGUACCACCGAUAGCAGUUGAGUCAAGGGUAUCUCGGGCUAGUUAUGGAAUAUCUUGCAGUGCCGAGUUUGACUCGUCACGUCAUCUUGAGCAAGACAAACGAUGGGACAGGUUGAUGGAAUGUUAUGUGGCGUCCAACCAGAUGACGUGGUAUCUAAGGCGGGGAGAUCUUGUUUCCAAGAUGGAACCAGUUCGCCACUCUUACUACCAGAUUUACGAAGAAGAGUUAUUUGGCAAGUUCUUCACACUCAACCUUUAUCAGUGUGAUGACGAGGCGCCGCCGGCAAGGAUAACUAACAGUGUCCGGAAACUUGGCGAGCUCUCCUGUAAACUCGAUGUCGGGUUUUCUGACCUUCCAGACUACCCGAGGAAAGGAUCUGGGCCCGCAACUAAAAGGUUGAAACUCGACAUCGAAUUAGUGCCGUCGGGGGCCUCGGUAGAAUUUGUUCUAUACGUGUAUGGGAGGAAACAGGGCGGUGAACACGCCAAGAUCUGUUUUGCGUAGCAGCGGACUGGUAUGGUUUCCUGAAUAAUUAGUCUACUCCAACGCAGGUUGCUAAAUUUGUGUGGAGUUCUUGCGGCACAUGACUUCUGUAUGAUUAGGUACUUUCUAUGGGAUAUACCUAAGAAAUUCAUCCGGAUUGAAUACGAUGAGUAGCUUUUCCGAUAUCUGGUUGCAUACUUUAUGAUGCUUUUCAAAAGCCGCGCUCAGAAACAGUAUACAAUUUCAGAUUGUUCAAAUGCGGGCGAUUACGGUUCACGCGGAGUGUAUAGAUGGCUGUGUCAUUUUGUAGUGUCCAAUAGACUAGAACCAAUCCUACAGUAAG